UAGGGCCGCGCUGCAGUGUUUAAAAUGAAAAACAACUGACAGUUGCAUAAAAACUGACAGUCUUGACAGUUGUUCUGUUGUUUUGUUUUAUGUGGAGGCAGACGAAGUCACAUUUUAUUAAUCGUUGGGACAACUUUAUUCAGUUCAUUAGGUAAAUAUUGUGGAUUGGUAAGGAAAACGGAUUGAGCAUGAAUUUGCUUCGAAGAACGUUGUAUGAAAAACUUCGGUUAAUCCAGAAUGCGCACUGCAUGUCUACAGGCGCCACGACGCACGUCGCACAAUCCCUUCAAAUUGAACAAUUGCGCGAACGGGCCCUUAUCCGAAUUGUCGGCGAUGAGAUCAGACCAUUCCUCCAAGGACUGGUAACGAACGACAUUGAACAUUUACAGCGCAAUUCAUCGGCAGUUUAUGCGAUGUUCUUGAAUAAAGGAGGAAGAAUGUUAUGCGAUUCCAUUAUAUACCGAUCGCAGCAUGAGAACACGUUCUUUCUUGAAUGCGACGUGAAAUCUGUGGAUGACCUGGUUCGGCAUUUGAAGUUAUUCCGAGUGCGGAGAAAAAUCGCUGUGGAUUCGGUAAACGCCGACUACUCGGUUUAUGUUGUUCAUGGUGGCCUGAAAAACGCGGAGGUGAACGAAGCGGUAUUUCCAAAGAAGACGGCUGAACCGUCUGUUGACAAGGACAUUGUUCUGUGCCAGGACCCUCGCUUAAAGUAUCUCGGGACAAGAGUAGUGGUUCCCAACAAAUAUAGUCCGCAUACUAUCCAAAAAUUCUUCCCUGAUAAUGAGUUGCUGCCUGCUGAUCCCGGUAACGAUUACGUGUCCCUUCGUUAUAAACUCGGCGUCGGCGAGGGAGUUGGAGAUCAUCCACCUCUGAAAGCGUUCCCAAUUGAAUCUAACGGCGACUAUCUGCAUGGCAUCAGCUUUCAUAAGGGUUGCUAUUUGGGGCAAGAACUCACUGCGCGAACUUAUCAUACUGGCGUUAUCCGAAAACGCUUGAUGCCAAUAACGAUCUCCGACCCAUCUACCGCAAGUGAUCGGGAAAGCGAUAUUAAAACCUCGAAGGGGGCGACGGUUGGUAAGUUACGAGGGCAGAAGAAUGGAUUCGGACUAGCCUUGAUGCGAAUAGAGAAGAUUGCGGAUAGCGGCUCGUUGACAUUGAACGGGAGCGUAUGCACCGUAUCGAGACCUUUCUGGUGGCCCGGAGCGUUGCCGAAAACGAAAGCAGAGGCAGCUACUGCGGAAACACAAACGCCUAAUGUCAACCAACCACUCAAGUCCGAGGGAGUCACAUCAGCACUCUACUAAUGAAGACUCGGAAGCAAAACUGCCACUUUCAUCAACAAGCAAAGAUCCAAACGAAAAGGAAAUUAGCAGUGACUCAAAAUUUCAAGUAUCAACCGAGCCAGAGCCGCGUAUCCAGUUCCGUUGCGAAAAAUGCGACAUCGAUGAAUUG